GAGCCAGAAGAUUUAUCAAUGAAAAGCAAACAGCAAAGCUCUGAUAAUUCAGGACUCAUUGUCAAAGAUCAUGCUGGAAUAUCCAACAAAGAUCUUACUGGAGUUACCAUAAAAGAUCUUUCAAGAAUCACAGUCACAGAUCAUACAGGAAUCUCCAUUAAAGAACAUGCAGAUAUUUCAGUUAUAGAAACUGUGGGGGGCCCUAAAAAUGUUGAAGAAGCUAACCAAGGAUUUGAAGAACCAGGGACCUGUAAUUUUGGUGAUGUGAAUGAAGAUGACAAUGAAGAUGAUGAUGACGACGAUGAUGACGAUGAUGAUGACAAGGAUUAUGGCCAAGUUGAGGAACCAACCCUUGUCAAUACGUUUAACAGCAUUCUCGAAGGGGGUCAGAGCAGCGAUUCCCCGAGCUUGUCUUGUCCUAGUUCCUCCCCAGCAGUGGAAGGGCCAACCCUUGCAGAACAAACGGGAGCAAAGAAUCACAAUGGCCAAAAUGGAGCAAACAAAGGAAAAGACAGGCUUGGGGGUAUCCUUUCACUAUCCAGCCAAUCAGAAUCAGGGUUGCCGCCGCUGCAGAAUCAAUCUCCACUGUCAACACUGCAAGGGAGAGCAUCAGAGGGCCCACAAGCCUUAUUGUCAACCAAGGGCAAGAUCAUGGGAGUCCAUCUUCCUUUAAAGUUGAUGCCAGAGAGAAGAGAGAGAGACGAAUCGUGGAAAAAGUAUCUCAUCAGGUCAGCAAGCAAAUUUAAAAUUUAAUAUUUAUGAAUAUUUUAUUCAGUCUUCUACUCUGGAAUUAUGUGAGGCCAGUAGACUGAAACAGCCAUCUUUUUUUUUAAGGUCUUUGUUUGGCAAUGGCAAAUGAUUUAUUGAACUUUUGAACCAACAGAUUCACAGCAAAUGACGCCUGCUUCUCUCGCUGUGCCUGUCUGUACAAAGACCACUACCACUGUCGCAUGCCAGGCUGCCAGGUGAUCUUCAAGUCCAAAGAUGGGGUCAGGGGACACGCAAGAUUUCAUGACCUGCAGGACAGCAUCACCCCUUUGGUUUUCUGCAAGUUCAAGGCCGAUGUGGCAUGCAACUCCACGCAGUGCCAGUUCAAUGGCAAGGAGGAUCAUUAUCAUUGCAACUGGGUGAGUUCAUGAACGUUGCAUGUCAGCUGUGUUACGUUGGUCCGCGUUGACAGAGAGUGAUGGCAGCAAGACAUAUUCCACAUGUGGUUUUAAAGAAUAGAUGCUCCCAACACUUUGUCAUUGGGACAUCAUGCAGUCCUUGAAAUAGUUAAAUGGGACCUUUGCAGACAUGUAAAUGUACUAAAUUAAAAUUACUACCACACAAAAUUUACUGGUACUAUUGGUAACUUCAGAAUGUGCUAUAAAUGUUUUAUGUUUUGUUGGGAUGUGGUUAAAGCUUGAAAGGAAGGUUGAAAAGGAAGGUUGAAAAAGAAGGUUGAAAAGGAAGGCGAGAAUUUUUUUGUUUUAAACCAGGGUUUCUCCAACUUUUAACUUGGCCACCUGUCAGCUAAACUUAAAGUUGUCACAACAAAACGAUUUCUGGAGGCUAACAGUUUCAGAAUGCGAGAUAAAUGUCUAGAUAUUCUAUGGAAUUGGUUAAACCUCGAAAACAGGUUGAAAAGCACAGCGAGGAUUUAUUUGGUUUUGAUCACCGAUUCUCCAACUUUUAAGUUGGGCUGACUGGUGGACACGUUGUUUAAUUGCUCCAAAGACCAGCGUCGGACUUAUUAAUUAUAUUUCAUAUUUAUUCUACCAUAAUUACUCAUUUUGUGUGGAGCGGCGACAUAAGGUGUAGCGGACCAGAGCUGGUACACCGACCACAAUUUUGGGAAUGCUGGUUUAGACUACAUUCUUGAUAAGAAGAAAUCUCAGCUUCCAUGCAAACACAAAAUGUUAAUACUUUGAUAAGUUCUGAGGUGUUCUGUUCAUUUUGAAACAUUUGCUUCACAGUCCAACUGUUCUCACACCCUUGCGGAGUCGGCCCCAACUUUUGCACGUCUGGACCACUACAGGGUCCAUGAAUGUUUAACAGCUGCGGUGAGCAAAGGUCGCAGUGUCUUCUCAAGUGAGUACAGGUCCUUGUUGAUACUUGUGUGUGUACGGUGGGAAGUUUUAAGCCAACAGUGUUCUCAUGCCUCAUAACUUCUGUUCCUUAGUAGCUUACGUGAGGUGUAGAUCAUUGGCAUGGGCAUCAUUUCAAGUUUUUUCAGGGCGGGGGGCAAAACCAAAACUUGGUCGGCUUGUUAAGUUGUUAAUUACUGGAAGCGCCACAGUACAAAACAUUUUAAAUAAAACCUGCAAAUUCAGGCGGGGGUGGCAUAUGCCCCACCCUGCCCUACCCAAAUGACAUCCCUGAUCAUUGGUGUUUAGGUCAAAGGCUUGGACUGAAAUAGGAAAAAAUGAGAAAAAAAUGUUUCUUGGACUCAUGCUAUAAAAAUUCAAUAAAUAUUUUAACACAUUCCUAUCUAUUUUAAGCAAUCGAUCCUUAGUCAAAUGGAAUAUGUCUAUAUUUCUUAUAUAUCUUUUAACACAAUUAUGUGAACUAAUAUGACAGCCGAAUAAAAUACAGACAAUAUUUGAAGUUAAAUAAAAAAGAUAUUUAGUAUAAGCAGCAUAUAUUUAUUUAUAUGUAUGGUAAAUAACGCUCUCAAAUAUUUUUAUUAAUCCAGGUUCAAGAUCAGAACUUGAUCCAUUACAGAAACGUAGGGGUCGGCCACCUAAGUACCCAAAGUACGACCUGCCGUCUGUUCCUAAAGUUCAUUUAACGGAAAAAGAAAUCACAGACUCAACAAUCGCCUUCAUGCACAACCAGUGGCAUGAAAACAGUACGAUCAUCAACGGUUUCAAGAAGUUUGUCUUGCCAGAGUUGUGCCCGGAUGAACUGUGUGUGUUCAGGUCUAAGGACCACUUCCACUGCGGGCGCAAGUUUUGCCACAUGUCCACUGAUCGGCUGGACGUGCUGAACGUCCACGCCAAAGAGUUCCACAACAACAUCACAAUUCUGGAGGGGUUUGAGUUUUUCGAGCGCAUGGUGAACUGCCGCAGACCCAUCUGUCACAACAAUAGGAUAAAUCGUCACUUCCACUGCAUGAGGUCACUGUGCGAUUACAGCUUUGUGCGGCACAGCACGAUGGCGCAGCACAACAAGAAACAUCCCACUGUCACAUCUGCCGUACUUUCCACACCUAUGACCCUGGCCGCACCCGUGACGACCAUGGCUCAGCCCAAGAUGACGCCAUCUCAAUACAUUGCCAUUGCCCCCGUGCCUUGCACGUCCUCGAUGCCAACGGCUGCAGCCACCAUGAGCAUCAGCAGUAAUAAUAAAAAUGUUGUGAAGUCUGCUGGGACCUAUUACCCCAUGUCUGGAAUAUCCAAUAUUAAGUUGUCACCAAUCUCAACCCUUGGAACAGUUGUGACCACUCGAGCACUGACCCCUGCCCUAGCUGUCUGUGGUUCUCACGUGACUCAAGGGAGUUCAGCGAAGGUUCUGCCCGAUUCUCAAAUGGCAGCCAUGAACAAUGUUCUGAAUGGUUCUCAAAUCACAACUGGGACCACAGCCCAGGUGAUGACGGGAUCUCACAUGUCACCUGUAUACUCAGGUGUAAGUGUAAGCAACACGGUCUCUGGUGGCCAGGUGUUUCAAUCUCAGGCGGGGGCAUCAAUGUUCACAGCUGGCGGGUUGUGCCUCACCCUUCCCCCAAACAUGGUGUCGACAUCAAUCCCCGUCAUAGCACAGACACCCAUGGGUCAGCAAGCAAGCGUUCUCACUGGGCUCAUCCCAGUCGGGCAGCUCUCUCAGCAUGGGCUGCCCUCUCCAUUAAUAAAUAUAUCCGCUGGUCAGUUCCUGGCCGCUGCCCAGGGGCAUUUCCUGCAGCAGAGUAAGUUAAUGGGUCAGAAUGUUCUUCAGUUCAUCUCCAGCCCCACCAGCUCCUCCACCAAUCAAACCCUGACCACCAUCAGUCCCAGCGGGAGCAAACCAGUUGGUGUGCCACCUCUGACGGUGCUGCUCCAGCACCAUCAGCAGCUGCAGCAGCAAGGUCUCGGGGCACCGCUCAGCUGGGCGGGUCUGAAAAAACAAAUGCAUUACUCAGUUGAGCACAACUGUGGACGCCCCUUCUGCAAGCUCAAGAAGAAGGACCACUACCACUGCCUGGACUGCAACCAAGCCUUCUCUGACCCAGCUCGGCUCCGAGCCCACAUUGGCAAACACGGGUUCAAGUUUAAAAAAUCUGGCCACUCUAAGAAUCCCAAAAGGAAAAAUGACUGUGAAGCUCCUUUAAACUUGAAACCAAUUGAUUUGACCUUGUCCAGAAAAAGAAAACAAGCUUCUGACGAGAAAGAUUGCGAGAGUUCAGAUUAUGAUGACUCUGCAGAUGACCCUGUUAAUUUAUCCCUCAACCUGCUGCCGUCGGUGUUCACCAACAUGGUAUCAAAUUCUGUAGCAUCCAAGGAUGUCACAGCUACACCUCCUUUGAAUGCCUGGAAUAGUAGUCAAAGCUUGUCUGGCAGAGCAACAGAUUUAAGCAAGGCUCACCAAAGUGAGAGCGUGGAUGAUGAUUGCGAUGACCUUGAAGACCUAAACAGCUCUAACGUAAGCAACGGGGCAGAUUCCAAACAUGACAGCCUGUCAGAUUCUCUGCCAAUUACGUUGGAUGACAGUUUUGAUGAAUUUGAGUCCCCGCUCAACGCCUCCUCCUCUAGCUUGACCCUCUGCUCCUCACUGUCGAGGAAGUCUGGUCGUAAGCGCACACUGGCUAAAAAUGAAGGCUUUGCUAACACGGACGCGUUUGUCCUCCCCAAGCCCCAGAAGCAGAGGAAGAUGAGCUGGGGUAUCAAAGUUGAUGGGGACAUCCCUGAAGGUUACAAGAGGGUGCGGUGCGGUGAGGACUGUGGGCACGUGAGGUGUGCUUACAGACAGACUGUAACACACUUUCACUGCCUGCGUACGGACUGUGGUUACGGUUUCAGUGACAAGUCACGUAUCAUGCAGCACCGCAUCCGCCAUGAGCGCCUGGAUGCCCUGAUGGGCGGUGAGUUCCAGCAGUUCAGGGCGUCGGUGAGCUGCGAGCAGGACGACUGCGAGUACGACGAGAAGGCAUCACACUUCCACUGCCUGAAGUGCCCCUACUCCUGUGUGGAUUCCAGCAAGGUGCCGGCACACCGCAAGUACCACUCCAAGCUGGACAACAUCAGCAGCAACGGGUUCACAAAAUACGCCGGAACGUCGGACUGUCAGAUUGCCGCCUGUUCGUAUUUCCGCAAGCAGACGCACUACCACUGCACGUUUGCAGGGUGCAACCACGCUGUGCUGGGACCAUCUCAGAUGGCACCACACAAACUGAAACAUGCCCAGCUUCAGUCGGUCUGAUACAGGAGUCUUCUUCUAUUUGGCUCCAUUCAAUAUUGAGCAGUCAGUUGUUGCCUUCAUGUCAAUUAGCAAUACAUUUAAGUUAAUGUAUUUUUAAAAUUUACAUCUGAUAACUUAUUUAUACAAAAGUUGGAAUGAAUAGAUAAUACAAUUUUUUGUGUGGGUCUUUUUAAAAAAAAUAUACACAUAUUUAAUAUUACUUAGCCAGGUUUUGUUUGUGAUAACAUGAACUGUGUUGGAACUUGACACACUCACCCACACCUUUGUUGUGACCUUUGACCUACUUUACUGUCAUGUAACAGUUGUGAACAUUUUUUUUUAAACAAAUAAUUCACAGCCCCAUCCUCUUUCCAAAACAAUUAAUUUUAACCUAACUCCCUUCCCUCCACUACCACUUUUUUUUUCUUCCCUUUUUUCACUUUGUGAACAUCCAUUGUUGAAAUAGUAAUUAAUCUUAAUUAUGGUCUGACUUAAUUAUAACAAUGAAAUUCUAUUAUUAGUAUUUUUUUAUAUUUUUUAAUUUGAUCGAAAUUCAUACAAAGCACUAUCUCCCUUCCCAAACUUGCUGUGAUUUUGUCAACAGCUGGUCUACUACCGAAACUCAUCAUUAGAUUUACGUAAUUAGAAUAUAGGACAAAUUAUAAUGAGGAGAAUCACCCUCCUUCUGCUAAUCGUGUCAGAUUUUUAUUUAUUUAUUUAUUUUAAAUCAUCUUGAAGAAUGAAAAAUAAAAAAAAUUGAGCCGCAACAGUUUCGUGGCAUCAUUUGAAAAUUGUGAUUUAUGAACCUUACAUUUCCUUGCCACUGCUGCCGUUGGAAGAUGCUGACCUCCUCAGAAAUUAAGAGUCCAAUUAUAACCUGAAGGCUUGCUUGUUGAUGUAUUUAUUCUUGAUUAUGUUGGGUUAAAUUUUGUUCACAUAAAGGCCAUAAUAUAAUGUAAAUAUUUAUAUAAACACACAUUAAUGUCUAUGUAGUGUCACCAUAUUUGGUUCCGACACAAUCUGAAUUCCAGGAUUUAUAUUUUUUUAAAUUAUUGUUAGAAAUGCAUCACUAUGUGUUAGCCACUGCACACAAGUGUUGUCUGGCCUAACCCACGGGGAGGCAACCUUUCUUGGUCAUGAGGGUAUUCCCACUUACACAAAAUUUAAUUCACGUGUUAUAAAUUAAAAUAAUAUUUGGGGAUUAUUUUUUGUUCUAUGCAAGUUUUCUUCUCUACUGCUGAGUAAGUUUUCACCUGUACUGCUGAUUAUUAUGCUCUACCUUUUAUUACGAUUAUGCUCUACCUUUUAUUACGCUCUCACAAUUUUUGUUUCAUGGGAGUUGUGUCAUUGCUGUUUUUUUAAAUUAAAAUAUUUGUUACAAAAAUGCUUGAUAAAAGCAGAAGAAAAGGGCUUAUCAAAAAAGAAAGAUUAUUUUAGUACCAAAAUUGUGUAAAAAUUUGAAUGUACAACUAAAAAAGUGCCAUCUUCCACCUAUAUGCAACAAAC